CCUCACCACUGCUCUCUCCACUCUAGGUCUGAGCAUGCAGAACUCCGAGGGCGGAGCAGAUUCGCCAGCAUCAGUGGCUCUGCGACCUGCAGCCCAGCCCGUGCCAGCCUCCCCACAGAGGGUGCUGGUCCAAGCCGCAGGCUCGACUCCCAAGGGUGCCCCAAUGCAGCCACUCACCCUCCCCAGAGUCCAGGCGGUGCCACCACAGGUGCAGCAUGUGUACCCAGCGCAAGUGCAGUACGUGGAGGGCGGGGACGCGGUCUACGCCAACGGAGCCAUCCGAGCAGCCUAUGCCUACAACCCAGACCCUCAGCUCUAUGCCCCCAGCAGUGCAGCAUCUUACUUUGAGACUCCGGGUGGCGCUCAAGUGACAGUGGCAGCCUCGUCCCCACCAGCAGUCCCUUCCCACGGCAUGGUGGGCAUCACCAUGGAUGUCUCGGGGACCCCCAUCGUGUCUGGCGCAGGAGCCUACCUCAUCCAUGGGGGCAUGGACAGCACAAGACACUCCCUGGCCCACACUGCGCGCUCCUCACCUGCCACGCUUGAAAUGGCGAUUGAGACUCUCCAAAAAAGCGAAGGCCUCGCCCCCCACAAAGGCGGCCUGCUCAACAGCCAUCUGCAGUGGCUUCUGGAUAAUUACGAGACGGCAGAAGGCGUGAGCCUGCCCCGCAGCUCCCUGUACAACCACUACCUGAGACACUGCCAGGACCACAAGCUGGAGCCUGUCAACGCCGCCUCCUUCGGCAAGCUCAUCCGCUCUGUGUUCAUGGGCCUGCGCACGCGGCGCCUGGGGACCAGAGGCAACUCAAAGUACCAUUACUAUGGGAUCCGCCUGAAGCCAGACUCCCCUCUGAACCGAUUGCAGGAAGACACACAGUACAUGGCCAUGAGACAGCAGCCCACACACCAGAAGCCCAGGUACCGGCCAGCCCAGAAGUCAGACAACCUUGGGGAUAGUGGUGCUCACGGCAACCUGCACGGCACACCUGAACAGGCCAUGGCCACUCAGGGCCAGCAUCACCAGCAAUACAUAGAUGUAUCCCACGUCUUCCCAGAGUUCCCGGCACCUGACCUAGGCAGUGUGCUGCUGCAAGAGAGUAUCACCCCUCACGAUGUGAAGGCCUUGCAGCUGGUGUAUCGCAGGCACUGUGAGGCCACCCUAGAUGUCGUCAUGAACCUCCAGUUUCAGUACAUUGAGAAGCUGUGGUUAUCCUUUUGGAACUGCAAGACCACCUCCAGUGAUGGCCGUGCCUCCCUGCCUGCCAGUGACGAGGAGCCAGAAGUCACCCUCCUCCCCAAGGACAAGCUCAUCUCUCUGUGUAGAUGUGAGCCAAUCCUGCAGUGGAUGCGCAGCUGUGACCAUAUCCUGUAUCAGGCGCUGGUGGAGACCCUUAUCCCAGAUGUGCUGCGGCCUGUCCCCAGUUCCCUGACACAGGCCAUCAGGAACUUCGCCAAGAGCUUAGAGGGCUGGCUCGUCAAUGCCAUGAGUGGCUUCCCUCAGCAGGUCAUCCAGACCAAGGUAGGUGUUGUGAGCGCCUUUGCACAGACCCUGAGGCGCUACACGUCCCUCAACCACCUGGCUCAAGCAGCACGGGCUGUGCUGCAAAACACGUCACAGAUCAACCAGAUGCUGAGUGACCUCAACCGCGUGGACUUUGCCAAUGUUCAGGAGCAGGCCUCAUGGGUGUGCCAGUGCGAGGAGAGCCUGGUACAACGUCUGGAACAUGACUUCAAGGUGACCCUGCAGCAGCAGAGCUCACUGGACCAGUGGGCCAGCUGGCUGGACAACGUGGUCACCCAGGUGCUGAAGCAGCAUGCAGGCAGCCCCAGCUUCCCCAAGGCCGCCCGCCAGUUCUUGCUCAAGUGGUCAUUCUACAGCUCCAUGGUGAUCCGUGACCUGACCCUGCGCAGUGCCGCCAGCUUUGGCUCCUUCCACCUCAUCCGGCUGCUGUAUGAUGAGUACAUGUUCUACCUGGUGGAGCACCGUGUGGCCCAGGCCACUGGAGAGACGCCCAUUGCUGUCAUGGGAGAGUUCAAUGAUCUAGCUUCGCUGUCGCUGACCCUGCUGGACAAAGAGGACAUUGGGGAUGGACACAGCAGUGAGGCAGAUGUGGAUGGCCGCAGCCUGGGCGAGCCCCUGGUGAAACGGGAACGGAGUGACCCCAGCCACCCACUGCAGGGCAUCUAGCCCCUUCCCUGGGCGCCUUCCACCAGCUUCCGGAAGGCGUCACCUGGCCCCCCAGGGACCUGGACUCUCAGCCUAUCACACUAGUGCCUCUUAGAUGAUGCCAUGUUUACUGUGACCCAAGGUGCCCCACCCCAGGGGGCCAGAGACUAUGGGGAACAACUGUGGGGUCACUCAAGCUGCCCACGCCCCACUAAGGUGCCCCCGGCCCUGGGCUGUUCCCCAGGGGAUACAGUGACCCAUCUGUCCCCAGUCCCGACCCCCUUCCCUGCUGCGUGUGCGAGUUACGAGGCACAGCCCUCAGAAGAGCCCCAGCUGCUCUCAACUUAAACCAUCAUUUCAAAGAAAACCAAGCCCCAGGAGUGGGAGGGAUGGCACUGCUCGCUGGGCGCUGACCCUGUGCUCUGGUCUCUAUGUACCUGAAGGCCUCUUGUGGAUGGGCAGGGCCUCCAGGUGCAGGCCCUGACCCUGGGUGGACCACAGAUGCUAAAGGCAUCUCACCUCGUCCCAGACAGGUCCAAGUCCAAAAAGAAAGCAAAGCUCCGUGUACAGCCCACUCACAUCUCCUGGUCAAACUGUCCAGUUCACAGUCCACACCGAGCUAAUCCAGGGGGACCUCAGUGGUCAGCACUGUGUCCACACCUCCUGGCAGCACCCCACAACCUGUUUACACCACAGUGUCUAGGCCCUACAGUCUUGUAGACACCACCCCAAACAAGCCAUGCUGUCUGCUCUGUUCCUGUGACUGACCCCUUCUCACCCCAAGACCUCAAGAUCUCUGCGGACAAAUGAACACCAAGGGCGUGAGGACCCUGAGUUCUAGACAUCCCAGCACAUGGCCAUUGCACCUCACUGCAGUCGCCAUGUUGAGAAUUAUGUCCCAAACACAAGCUCCCCCCACAACCUAGGAAGCGCCUCAUGAAAUACAAUAGUUUUUCUCUUUUUGGAAAAAAAUGUUCCCCCUGGUAGUUUUGUGCUGUAAUUGUUCUUAGAAAGUUCUUGUGAAUGUGUCCAUCAAAACAC